ACAGUGGCUGCUAUACCUCAAAAUGUGCCUUUUCCCUUGUUUCGUUCACCGUCUUUGCUGAAAAGCCUUGCAGGAUCUCGAGGCUAGGCAGUCGUCUGUGACCGGAGACUCACGCUGCGGUAAUACUAUGUGUGUCGAGGUCACGACGAACGGAACCUCCGUACAAUAUGUUUUAUCCAGUACCCAGACAGUUGGAUGGAUGGGGAUAGGGUUUGGUACCCACAUGCCAAAUACGCCAAUGGUUAUUAUGUGGUCCAACAGCGAUGGGACCAUAACUAUGUCGCAGCGGGAGGCUAGCGGUUAUUUAAUGCCCCAGGUAGUCAAUAACCCUGACCGUGUCGCGACCUUGGCAGAAAGCGCUAGUACUACAUCCGGAUCAGAGACCAGAUUCGCAUUUACCGUUGAUGCAAACAGCGAUACAACUCAAGACGUCAUUUAUGCUUUCGCUCGUACCAAUCCUGGAUCUUCCAGUGUAAGCGCUGACAUCCAGCAACAUAUUGACGGUGGCAUCGUGCAAUUAAACUUGGCGGGAACUUUGCCUGCGACGCCGACCGGUUCUGCGUCAUAUCCGGGAAGCACUUCUGGGACAACUCAGUCUCCUUCAUUUAAUAUCCCCUUACAGCCGUACCAGCGCAUGAUUAUAGCGCACGCCAUUCUUUGUGGCAUCGGGUUCUUGGUUUUCCUUCCCUUCGGAUCGUUACUUGCGCGGUAUGUCAGAACAUUCACGCCGAAAUGGUACACCGGACAUUGGAUAUCCCAGUUUGCAAUCUCUGGUCCCCUAAUCCUUAUCGGGGUUUCCUUGGGACUACAGAGUGUAAAUUCCGCUCAUGCAGUUCAUUUAGACGAUAAACACAAGCGAUGGGGCGUCGCCAUAUUUGUGUUGUAUUGCGUUCAGUGCGCUUUAGGCGCGUUCAUUCAUUGGGUUAAGCCCAAGAGGCCCUGGCCUGCUGGUCGGCCCCUGCAAAAUUACCUCCACGCUGUCCUCGGGUUAUUUAUCAUUGCUUUGGCCUUCUACCAAGUUCGGACAGGAUAUAAAACUGAAUGGCCGAGGACCAUUGGGCGCAGUGAUAUUUCUAAAGGUGCCGACAUCAUUUGGUAUAUCUGGGUAGUGGUGGCACCUUUGUUGUACUUUGCCGGAUUGGCAUUCCUUCCGAAGCAAUACAGACAGGAAAUCGCUGAAAAAGAUCAGGCAAACCAUUUGCAACAUGAAUUCUCCACGUCCAAUAUUCAACCCAAAUGAAAAGUCCGUCUACACCUCUCACUUUUUUUGCAUUUAAUACGUGUCAUAUUUUGGUGUAUCAACGCAUAUACAAAGUUGGGAUAUAUCCUGGUUAUUGCUUGAUGGAAAAUAAGGAUCAUAUUUCCAGUGAAAAAUAUUGCCGGCCUCUAGUUAUCAUCGAUUAGUGAUAG